ACGAUUGGCUGACGGCUUCUGAAUGUAAGAUGGCGCCCAGGGAGCUGUGAGGCGAAAAUAAUCUAUCGGAGGGUGGAAAAAAAAUAUAAUAAAAAAAAUAACAGAGGAGAAAAAGGAAACCGUCAAGACGGAAGGAAGGUUCCGUGAGCGGAGCCGCCGGGUGUGACGUGGUGGCGGCGACGGUGGAGAGAAGAAAGAAGGAGCCAAGGCCGUGCCGGUGGGGGGACGGGCUGCCUCCGGACAACGAGCAGCGGGGGAGGAUUUGAGCGUGCACUAUGAAUAAUUCUCUGGAAAACGCCAUUUCGUUCGAAGAGUAUGUCCGCAUGAAAGCCCGUUCGGUCCCACAACACAGGAUGAAGGAAUUCCUGGACUCUUUGGCUGCGAAGGGGCCGGACGCCUUGCAAGAAUUCCAUCAGCCCCCUACCAGCACCAUGGUGUAUCAGCAGGGAGUGAACUGUAUCUACACAGACAGUACCGAAGUGGCCGGAUCGCUGCUGGAGCUGGCAUGCCCCGUGACCACCAGUGUCCAGCAACAGAACCAGCAAGAACAGCAAAUCCAGGUCCAAUCACAUCAGGUGCAGAUUCCCGACGUGCUCAUCCGACCUUGGAUCCACCACCUUGCCCCUCAGCCGAAUCGAAUCAACCUCUCCCCCGAGGGGUCACAGGACUCUGGUAUUUCAGAAGAUUUGUUGGUGCAGCAAUCCCCGCAGCAUGUGACUGCCCAGCAGCUCUCUCCACAGCUCGGUGUCCACCAGUCCAAUGAGCAUCCGAUCCAAGUACAGAUCCAGGGAUCUGCUCAAACGGCACAAAACGCACAGACAAUACAGACUCAGUCCCUUCAGUCAACCAACCCUUCACAGCAGCUUUCAAGCUCCCAGUUACAGGUGUCUCAGAUCCAGGUGCAGCAUGUUCAACCUGGCCAGCAGAUGCAGUCCACGGACCUCCAGGAUGACCAUAUACAACACCAACAGAUUCAGGCGCAUCUGGUGGGGGGACAGUCGGUAGGCAGUGGAAUUCAGAUACAAACAGCAGGUGCUCUUUCACCACCACCCUCACAGCAGGGUUCUCCGAGAGAAGGGGAGCGUCGGUCUAGCACUUCAAGCGUCCUUCAGCCUGUAAAGAAACGUAAGGUGGACAUGCCUAUUACUUUGUCAUAUGCAAUAUCAGGGCAGCCAGUUGCAGCCGUGCUUGCAAUACCACAAGGCCAGCAGCAGAGUUAUGUUUCCCUGAGGCCAGACUUGCUGACAGUGGACAGCGCUCACUUAUAUGGGGCCACAGGCACCAUUACAAGCCCAACAGGAGAGACUUGGACCAUCCCGGUUUAUUCAGCAAACACCCGCAGUGAUUUGCAACAGCAAAACAUAACCCACAUUGCCAUCCCGCAAGAGGCCUAUAAUGCCGUCCAUGUAACAGGCUCCCCCAUGGCUGCUGUAAAAUUAGAGGAUGAGAAGGACAAAAUGGUAAAAAACCACGAGGAAGUCGUUCAGACUCUGGCAAACUCCCUUUUCCCAGCUCAGUUUAUGAAUGGGAAUAUCCACAUUCCGGUAGCGGUUCAGGCUGUGGCAGGGGCAUAUCAAAAUACAGCACAGACUGUCCACAUAUGGGACCCUCACCAGCAGGCGGCGCUACACGAGCAGGUCCAGCAACAACAGCAGCAUUCACUACAGAGUCAACAGGUUGUGGAGGUUGAGCAACAACAACAGCCCUCCCCAGAAAUGAUGCUACCAAAUAUUUUGAAACCAGAAGAGGGUUUGGAAGUUUGGAAGAAUUGGGCUCAGACAAAAAACUCCGAACUGGAAAAGGACUCUCAAAACAGACUGGCACCAAUAGGACGACGCCAGCUGUUGAGGUUUCAGGAAGAUCUCAUAUCGUCUGCAGUUGCAGAGUUGAAUUAUGGAUUAUGUCUUAUGACAAAGGAAGCUCGCAAUGGCGAAGGAGAACCCUAUGACUCGGACGUCCUCUAUUAUAUUUUCCUUUGUAUUCAGAAGUACCUUUGUGAAAAUGGAAGAGUAGAUGAUAUAUUUUCCGAUCCUUACUACAUCAGGUUCACAGAAUGGUUUCAUCAAGCUCUAAGGACGUUUCAGCCAAGAGUUACACCCCUUGGUUUUCUCAUUCCCAGCCAUGUGACAGAAGAGAUGCUGUGGGAGUGCAAACAGUUGGGUGCCCACUCUCCUGCUACAUUACUAACUACACUGAUGUUUUUUAACACAAAGUAUUUUUUGUUGAAAACCGUUGACCAGCACAUGAGAUUGGCUUUCUCUAAGGUUCUGAGACAAACUAAGAAGAAUCCUUCAAACCCAAAGGAUAAAAGCACCAGCAUCCGAUACCUUAAGGCCUUGGGGAUCCACCAGACCGGGCAGCAGAAAGGCUUCCCAGUUACAGAUGAGUCGUAUGCAGAGCAAACCGAGAAUUCCGAAAAUCCACUGCGAUGCCCCAUUAAACUUUAUGAUUUCUACCUCUUCAAAUGCCCACAGAGCGUGAAAGGUCGAAAUGACACUUUUUACCUGACGCCAGAGCCGGUGGUGGCCCCGAACAGUCCAAUCUGGUACUCCACCCAGCCAAUCAGCCGAGAUCAGAUGGAACAGAUGCUGACCCGAAUUCUAAUUGUCCGUGAAAUCCAGGAAGCCAUUGUGGUCGCCAGCGCCACCAACAUGCACUAAACAGCAGCUGGUGACAGCCGUGGAGGGAAUGUGAUGAUGAAAAAUAAAAUGUACAGACUUUUACACUAAAAAGACGAUGCCUACUUUUUUUUUUUUUUUUUUUUUUUUAUUACAUUGGUGUAGUUAUGAGGCCCUUUUAGGCUUCUCCUGUUGAAUAAAGUAUAAGAGAAAAAAAAGCAUUUAACAUGCGCAUCUUGGGGGGG